AUGGGUCGAAAUAGAGUAUAUGGAAGUUUGGAAGAGGCUCGUGCUGAGAAAAAUCGAAGGAGCCGCGAGCAACGUGCUGCUGCUCGGCGUGAGACAAAGAAUGAUGCGCCAUUAGGAGUGUGUACAUUAGCUGUCACAGCUUUUAAUAUACAUGACUCAAAUGCUGUGAAUCAGCCAAAUAUGGGUGUCAUUGAAUCUUCAUUGGGUUCAGGCUCAAUAUUGCCAUUUGCAGAGAACAAUGCAGAGCACCUUCAAGCUGAAAAUCAAGGAGAUGUAUCUAGGUCUACUGGUAAUGGUGCUCGCGAGGUUCCGACAACUAAUUCAGAUGCCGGUGAAUCAUCUUUGCAUAGGCGACGUCGACGUACAAGACGUUCUAUGACUAAUCCAUUGAACACAAUAAUUACAGAGCCUGCAGUAUUGCUCAGUAAUGCAGAGCAAUUUCCAACCGAAAAUGAAGAAAAUGUCUGUGCGUCUAUUGCUGAUGGUGCUAACGAGGUUUCAUCAACUAAUUUAGAUGUUGGUGAACCAUCAUUGCGUAGGCAACGUCGGUCUAGAAAACCAGCUAUAACUGAUCCAUUAGCUACAAUAGCUACAGAACCUGCUGUAUUGCCUGAUGUUCCAAGUUGUCCGUAUUGUCAUGCAAAACGAUUUCAUCAGGAACCGCCUGGUUUUUGCUGUGCCUCCGGUGAGGUACAACUAUUAUCUACUGAGAUGCCGAGAGAACUUAUGCUAUUAUAUAUAGAAGACUCUGAUGAGGCUGCUGAGUUUCGCAGAUGUGUUAGAAGCUAUAAUAACAUGUUUGCAUUCACUUCGAUUGGUAUCCAUCCUGAUAAAUCUUUGGCUGCAAACUACAAUGGAGUUUAUACAUUUCGAAUCCAGGGACAAAUGUAUCAUUAUAUUAAUCCACUUAUUCCAGAGAAUGGUGAGAAGCCACGGAACUUGCAACUUUACUUUGUUGACACUGACCAUGAAACAACGCAGCGGCUCUCAAUCUCAAGUAGAUUUCAAGAAACACUGGUGACUAAGCUUGAGAAAAUCUUAAAGAUUAAUCCUUACUCUGCAUUUUUCCGAGGAUUACAAGAUUUGCCAGGCAUAGAUGAUUAUAAGAUUGUACUUGACACCACGCCUGCUGUAGAUCAACGAGUUUUCAAUAAACCUACUGUGUCGCAAGUAGGAGCUGUUUGGACCGAGAGCACAAAUUCUGAACAUGUCAACUCUAAACACAUACAAAUUUAUGGAAAGAAUGGUCAAACGCAGAUUGUCAAGCAUUAUUUUGCUUGUCAUGAUUCGUUGCAAUACCCUCUUAUCUUUGCAAAUGGAGAGCCAGGUUGGCAUCCAGGGAUUGAAAAAAUCCGUCAUCCAAAUAAGAGCAACAUUACAUCAGUGACUUGUGAGGGAGAAACUAUUAUAGCUACAACUACAGCAACGAUGGCAACUGAUAUCAUUGAUGCAGAAAAUAGAGCUAUUAACCAAAGAAAAAGAAAGCGCAACACAGUUUCAUGUCGUGAGUAUUAUUGCUACAAAUUGCAGAUCCGAGAUGCUGACCGGUCAAUGUUAUUACAUAUAGGGAGAUUACUACAGCAAUAUGUAGUCGAUGUCUAUGUCAAGAUUGAGUCAAUCAGAUUAGAUUUCCACAGAGGAAGAAGCAAACAGGCUCAACUUCGGACAGAGAUUUAUCAAGGCAUAGUUGAUAGUAUUUCUAGCGGUGAAUCAUCAUCAUCAAGUAUUGGUAAACGUAUUUUUCUACCAGCUUCGUUCAUUGGUGGCCCUCGAGAUAUGCGACGACGAUAUAUGGAUGCUAUGUCUUUGGUUCAAAGAUAUGGAAAACCGGAUAUCUUUUUGACGAUGACCUGCAACAAGAAUUGGCCUGAGAUUAAAAAAAUGCUUUUGCCAACUGAUAAAGUUGAGAAUAGACCAGAUUUAAUAUCUCGAGUUUUUCGUGCAAAGCUUCAACAACUGAAAGAUGAACUUCUGAAAAAGAACAUAUUUGGAAAAGUAGCAGCUUAUACAUAUGUGAUUGAGUUCCAGAAAAGAGGUUUGCCUCAUGCUCAUUUCUUGAUAAUUCUGAAACAAGGAUGGAAGAUGUACUCUCCUGAAUCAUACGAUCGCAUAGUGUGUGCUGAGUUGCCAGAUGCUAGGCAGCAUCCUUAUCUUUAUGAACUCGUUGUCAAACAUAUGAUGCAUGGUCCUUGUGGUGCUAUGAAUCCAAGUUGCCCAUGCAUGAAACAACACAUUGGAUGCAAGGAUAAUUAUCCUAAGGAGUUUACAGAAGCCACUCGCCACAGUCACAACUCCUACCCUGUUUAUCGACGACGAGAUUUUCAGCAAUCAGUAACUGUUCGUGGACAUCCUCUUGAUAAUCGAUGGGUAAUACCAUACAAUCCCUAUUUACUGUCUAAAUUUAAUUGUCAUAUAAAUGUAGAAAUUUGUUCAACAAUUCGAGCUGUCAAAUAUAUAUAUAAAUACAUCUAUAAAGGCCAUGAUAAAAUUCUAUAUCAGUUGACUAAUACGGGGCCUAAUGAAAUUGUUGAUGAAAUAAAAAAUUUUGUUUGUGCAAGAUGGGUCUCUCCCCCUGAAGCAAUGUGGAGAAUCUAUGCAUUUGACUUAAAUGAGGUACAUCCAUCAGUAAUUUCUUUGCAACUUCAUUUGGAGAAUAAGCAAUCAGUUACAUUUGAUGAAAACCAAUCGUUGCAAAAUGUAAUCAGCAAUCCAUGUUCCUCACAGACAAUGCUUACAGAAUUCUUUAGCAUGAAUUGUUAUGAUGAAUACGCCAAGCAUUUGAAUUGUUUAUAUAUAGAGUUUCCUGAGUAUUUUACUUGGAAUGCACAAUCAAAAUAUUGGAGUAGACGAAAAAGAGGAGAAGUUAUUGGUCGUAUUUUAACUGCUCGCCCUACUGAAGGGGAGCGAUACUAUCUCAGAAUGUUGUUAAUGCAUGUUAGGAAGCCUACUUCUUUCCAAGAUCUAAAGGUUGUCAAUGGAUACGUAUGUCAAACAUUUAAAGAAGCUGCAAAUUUACUUGGCCUAUUGCAUUCUGACAAUGCUGCUGAACUUUGCUUACAGGAAGCUUCUGCAUACCAGAUGCCAAGUUCUCUUCGACAAUUAUUCGCAUCUAUAUUAGCUUAUUGUACUCCUACAAAUCCACGAGAGUUAUGGUUGAAAUAUGAAGAUUUCUUAUCUGAAGAUAUUCGACAUAGUACAUCACUUGAACCACACUUUGUACAAAUACGAGUGCUCCAAUUAAUUGAUUCGUGUCUUCGAUCCAUGGGAAAAAAUAUUGCUGAUUAUAAUUUAACUGAUAUUCAAGUUGAACAGCUUUCGCAAGAUUUAAGCACUAAGGAAAUUGAUGUUGAAAGAAGCAUAGUAGUAUCUGACGAAGAUCUUCGUGCAUUGCAUCAGUUAAACUUGGACCAGAAAUCAGCAUUUGACAAGAUUAUGCAUGCCAUUGACAAUAAUAUCUCAUGUGCAUUUUUCUUAGAUGGUCCAGGUGGAACUGGAAAAACUUUCUUAUACAGAGCUCUCCUUGCAGCAAUACGAUCAAAAGGAUGCAUAGCACUAGCAACUGCAACAUCUGGAGUUGCAGCUUCAAUUUUACCUGGUGGCCGUACAGCACAUUCGAGGUUUAAAAUCCCAUUACAAGAUAGUGAUACAGCAAUUUGCAAUAUUGGAAAGCAAAGUGCUAUUGCUAAGUUAAUAAGAGAUGCAAAAGUAAUUAUUUGGGAUGAAGCAAGCAUGGCAAAGCGUAGCUCAAUAGAAAAAUUUGAUGAAGCAUUAAAAGAUAUCAUGAAUAAAGAUGCCAUAUUUGGUGGUAAGAUCAUUGUUUUUGGUGGUGAUUUCCGACAAACAUUACCAGUGAUCACCAAAGGGUGUAAAGAAGAAAUUGUCAAUGCUAGCUUAUUAGAUCCUCAUUUCUCUGAUUACCUUCUUCGAAUUGGCAACGGUACUGAAGCAACAAAUAAAAAUGAUGAGGUGCGUAUACCUGAAGGAAUGAAUCUGGUAUUUGUCGAUGACGAUUCAUCAGUUGAUGCGUUGAUUGCUGCAGUAUUUCCAGAUUUAUGUGCUUUUGCUCAUUGUCCAGAUUCUAUUGUUAACCAUGCAAUUUUAAUGACAAGAAAUGAUUUUGUAUUUGAAAUUAAUAACAAAAUCAUUGCUAAAUUUCCAGGUACAGAACAGGUUAGUCGCCUGUUGGAGUUGAUUGUUCACAGUCUUUACAGCCACAAAGAAGUUUUUCUUCGACAACUGGCAAACUCUUUCAUCAAGUUGAUUCUGAUGUUAGAAAAGCAUAUUGCAACUGUUUAA